AUGUCUCAGAGCGCACAAGAUCCCGAAGCUACUGCGUUCUUGGUGCGUCUCGCCGCUGGCGACCUUGACGCGGCUGUCGGUCCCGCUCUUGAAUACGAAGCCGAGUUACGCCGACUCUUCGCCCAGGAUCGCUCGAACCGACGUCUCUCUGAUCCGUACGUCGGUCUCGUCGAUGUUUUUGCCUGCGAUCCGGCCGUACUGGAUACUCAAUCGCGCCCCACGACCAAUGACAAGGAACACAUCUUCCCGCUGAAGCCCUCCGAACGACGUGCAUCUGGGACUCCGGCUCUUGCGACAAGCCUUGCAGAGUUUCAGCGCAACUGGUCUAUCUUUACGGAAGGCGCGCUAUCCCAGCUCGACUGGUCAAACAUCGUAGUCGCCGGCGGUGCUGUACAAGCAUGUCUGGCUCCUCUUCCGGAAGGCGCGGACGACAGCAAGAAGGGGCUUAGGAAGCGGUUUCAUGAGAGCGAUGCGUAUGCAGGCAGCGACAUCGAUCUCUUUCUAUACGGACUGGAUCAAGCAAAGGCGGAGAAGAAGAUUGAGCACAUCUUCGAAGCCAUACGCGAUGCAGUUCCUUGGGACGUGACGGCUGUCCGCACGGCGCAUGCAGUGUCUAUACAUUACCCCCUUUAG